UCGCCGUCUCGCCCUCUGUUCUGCUUAAACUUUAGCGCAUCAUACUGUAAUCCACUUGAUCGAACUAUGCCAGAAGGUGGAGAACUCAUAAACGGCCUUCCGGCUGAGUAUUGGAAUGAAAGUAGGGUGGAUGUCUUGAUUGGGGCUUCUACCUUCCUCAUCAUUCUCACUGUCGUUACAAUUGUCCUGCGCUUUUACGCUCGUAUAUCAUCGCGCGCGCCGCUAUGGUGGGAUGACUGGUUUGCUCUGGCGACUGUGCCCUUUGCGCUCCUAAAUCCCGUUUAUGAUCUUGUUCAAAUCCACUAUGGCUUUGGGAGACAUCAAGCCGUCAUGGUCAAGACCGAUCCUCAUCGGGCGGAAAUCUUCUUUUUCAACUUGUACAUCAUUCUCAUAUUCUACAAUGUCGGUCUGGCCAUCUUCAAAUACUCCUUCCUGGCGCUGUACAUUCGCUUGUUUCGCGUUUCGACCAAACUUCGCUACAGCUGCUACGUGCUCGGUGUCUUGAUCACCAUGUGGUCAGUCUCCUGCGUGUUUGCUAUUGUCUUCCGCUGCCGCCCCGUUCAAGCAAACUGGGAUCCAACAGCUGGGAAAUGUAUUCCUAUGCGACCCGUCUUUCUGGGCCAAGCUAUACCGACUAUCAUUUUCGACAUCAUAAUUCUGCUACUUCCCGUACGCCUUGUUUGGGCGAUCCAAAUGCCGCGUCCGGCCAAGAUUGGUGUCUUGGUGGUCUUUGUUUUGGGUGGACUUGUCGCAGUUAUCAGCAUUGUCAGACUUUACGUGGUUUUAAACACCACCGAAGCAGACGUUCCGUGGGACUAUCCCACUAUUGGUCUAUGGUCUGCCGGAGAACCAAUUACCGGUCUUGUCUGCUGCUCGCUACCAGCAUACACGCCUGUUCUCCGAAGAGUCCUCGCACAUUUCAAGAUCGGUUGGUCGAGCAUGUCGCAAAGGACCAGCCGCAAUAAGUCUAAGGGCCCAGUUUCCCUAAUUCCCUCCUCCGUUCGCACAGGACGCUACCAACGCUCAGGCAAGGGUUCGGACACGUUUGAGCUCACAGAGACGGGGCAUGGAGAUGAGAGUCUUGAGACUCGCGUAGACUACGGCGGUCAUGGUACAAAUCAUGGGAAUGGGGGGAUCCGUGUUUUGCAGGAAGUGGAUGUUCAGAGCCAUACCAAGAGCACAAGCUGA